AGGUUUUGGAUUGAAGGAAAAUUUUGCGUGAAGAACUUAAAUCAAAAUUUUUGGUAUAUGGCUUGUGAUAAAUGUCACAAAUCUACACAGAAAGAGUUCAAUGAACCUGUAAAGAAAGACCACUGCAACAACAAAGAUGGCAAAGCAAUACCUAGGUGUUUUGUUCUGGUUGAAUGUGAAGAUACUUCUGGAGUGUUACCUACAGCAAUUUUCGGAGAGAACGCAGAAAAGUUCAUUCACUGCAGUGCACUUGAAUUAAUGAAACACACCACUGAGGAAGGAAUUGAUAACUUGGAAACAAUUGCUGAUGUUUCCAGUUCUACACAAUAUACUGCCCAGAUCAAGACAUAUAAAUAUAUACGACACCAGCAAACAAAAUACAAGUACACUAUCACGCAUCUUAUGGAUAUAUUUGAGGGGAAAAAAUAUUCUGGUGUGUAGCUCCACAAGUUCCAGCUAUGUAUAUAUUGUUUAAAAGAAGAAAAUCUUUAAGCUGCCUUAAUUUUGAUUGUAAAUAUGCUCCCAAAGUAACUUAGAACUUUUGGAGAGCAGCUCUGUAUAAUAAAGAAAUCUUCAAUUGUUGUUUCA